AUGCACAAGCACAAACCCCACGUUCCUCCCGUCCACGGCCGCUUCUCGAUCGCUUCUCCUCAUCGGCGCGGCUCCUUCAGCGGCACCGGGCCAGGCCCCGCCAGGAGGGUGUGCAUCCGCAGCUCCCAGGCACCCGCUCCCCGCAGCCUCCAUGGUCACACUCAACCGCCAUACCGUUCCCCUUCCAUCGGUCGGUCAAGCUGGCACUGGAGGGGGACGGAGCGGAGAGGACCGCCCCCACGAAUGAUUGACAGCUCUUCUCCGCGGUCAGCACCGCCGCGCUCGCGGCUGAAUGAACGGACGGCUGCGGAGCGGUCACCGGUAUCCUUCCGGGUCAGCCAGUUCCCGCCUCUCGCAUGGCAGCGUGCGGCCGCCCCAUCAUCUGCGGCGUUAUUUUUGUGCGGGGCGAGGAACUUAGUGACAACACGCAAAAUGCCAGGCGAAAUCAGCAGGCCAGGAAUGGAAGUUAGGCUUUCAGCCCCACAGGCUUGUAUUGAGAGCAUCCUGAGCAGCUGCAUCACUGCCUGGUUCGGAAAUUGCACCAUCUCGGAUUGCAAGACACUGCAACGGAUAGUGAGGUCUGCUGAAAAGAUCAUAAGGGUCUCUCUUCCUGCCAUUAUGGACAUUUACACUACACACUGCAUCAACAAAGCAAACAGCAUUAUGAAGGAGCCCACGCACCCCUCUUACAAACUCUUCGCCCUCCCGCCAUCUGGGAAAAGACACCGAAGCAUUCGAGCUCUCACGACCAGACUAUGUAACAGUUUCUUCCCCCAAGCCAUCAGACUCCUCAAUACCCAGAGUCUGGUCUGACACCAACUUACUGCCCUCUACUGUGUCUAUUGUCUUGUCUGUUAUUUAUUGUAAUGCCUGCACUAUUUUGUGCACUUUAUGCAGUCCUGGGUAGGUCUGUUGUCUAGUGUUUUUUUCUCUCUGUGUUGUUUUCAUGUAGUUCAGUGUAGUUUUUGUACCAUUUCAUGUAGCACCAUGGUCCUAAUAAAAAUAUUGUCUCAUUUUUACUGUGUACUCUACCAGCAGUUAUGGUUGAAAUGACAAUAAAAAGUGACUUGACUUGUAUAUAGUCCCUUCAACCUGGACAAACGUGAGACACAAAGUUGAAUUUACAGUGGGGAAUAUAGAAAUAGCAGAGAAAUUAAAUAAGUCAAAAUUAGGAAAUGUUGGAAGCACACAUGAUAAAGUAGCGUGAGUGGAGAAGGAAACAUGAUGUUGUAGGAUUUUCAAUGCAAGUGGAAAAGUGGGGUAAUGAGUGUGUUAAAAUUACAGAUGGGAGUUGGGUGAAGAGAACAGACAGCAUAACCGGCAGGGGGCAGACUUUGAAUUGGAAAAAUAUAGUUAAACUGACAGGUGCAUCUGUGAUUGGAGAAGCAACAUAAAAAAUGGAGGAGGAACUCAGCAGGCCAGCAGCAUUGAUAGAGGGAAUAUAGUCCAGUCUACUGACUCAAAAGCAGUUCAAAAAGCACUCUUCUGCCUCACCUGCCCAUACUUUCUUGGUCCUCACCAUUGUGUUGUGGACUUCAGUCUUUGUCUAUAUGCUGGGAGUAGAAGUACAGCCUUAUCCAAAGCAUAGGAAUGGGAUGUCGUGCUAAGUGUUCUUGAUGGUGGUAUAACAGUGGUCAAGUAAGCUACAGAGAUAGAUGAUUCAGCUUGGCCUCCUCCAGAAGUCCCCAGCAUCCCAGAUGUCAAUAUGCAGCCAAUCCGAUUCACUCCACGUGAUAUCAAGAAAUGGCUGAAAGCAAUGGAUAUGGCGAAGGCUAUGGAACAAAAUCCCAGCAAUAGUCCUGAGGACUUGUGCUCCAGAACUUGCCACACCACUAGCCAAGCUGUUUCAGUACAGCUACAACACUGGCAUCUACCCAGCAAUGUGAAAAAUUGCCCAGGCAUGUCCUGUACACAGGAAACAGGACGUUCAACCCAGCCAGUUACCGCUCUUACCAGCCUACUCUAUCAGCAAAGUAAUGGAAGAGGUCAUCCACCGUGUUACCAUACAGCCCCUACUCGGCAAUAACCUGCUUGCGGAUUCCCAGUUUGGGUUCCAUCAAGGCCACUCAGCUCCUGAUCUCAUCAUCUCUUUGGUCCAAAAUGGACCAAAGAGCUAAAUACCAGAGGUGAGGUGAGAGUGAUAGUCCUCGACAUCAAGGCAGCAUUUGACUGAGUAUGGCAUCAAGGUGCCCUAGCUAAAAUAGAGUCAAUGGGAAUUAGGGGGGAAACCUUCCACUGGUUGGAAUCAUACCUGACACAAAGGAAGAUGGUUGUGGUUAGAGGUCAAUCAUUUCAUCUUCAGGGCAUCACUGCAGAAGUUCUUCAGGGAAGUGUCCUAGGACUAACCAUCUUCAACUGCCUCAUCAAUGACCUUCCUUCUGUCAGAAGGUCAGAAGCGGGGAUGUUUGCAGAUGACUGCACAAUGUUUUGCACCAUUUGUGACUCCUCAGAUAGUGAAGCAGUUCAUUCCCAAAUGCAGCAGGACCUGGAUAAUAUCCAGACUUGGGCUGACAAGUGGCAAGUAACAUUCAAGCCAAGCAAGUGCCAGGCAUUGAUCAUCUCCAACAAGAGAGACUCUAGCCAACAUCUCUUGAUGUUCAGUGGCAUCACCAUCACUGAAUUCCCUACUAUCAAUAUCCUGGAGGUUACCAUUGACAAGAAAUUCCACUGGUCUAGCCAUAUGAACACUGGCUACCAGAGCAGGUCAAAGGCUAGGAAUCCUGCGGCGUGCAACUCAACUCCUGAUUCCCCAAAGUUUGUCCUUAGGGAUGCACUCACCUGGAUGAGUGCAGCACCAUCAACAUUCAAGAAACUUGACACUAUCCAGUACAAGGCAGCCCACUUGAUUGGUACCCCUUCCACAAGCAUCCAAUCCCUCCACCAUCAACGGAACAGUUUCAGCAGUGUGUACUAUCUACAAGAUGCACUGCAACAACACACCAAAGUUCCUAAGGCAGCACCUUCCAGACCCACGGC